GGGAGACCUCACACUCCGUCCCCCCUCCGAGGCACACACACACACACACACACACACACACACACACACACACACACACACACGUCUGUGGAGGUACAGCCGCUCCGGGUUUGGAUGCAGGGACGACGUGCAGAAACCCCUUGCCUGGAUUUUGUGGCACAACAUGCGGAGUCCUGAGCCGACGCGGUCGCUGCGUUGCGUUGCCGGUGCACAGUGAUGAGCGCGAUGACGGCUCGCUCUACUUUGCUGUGAAUAAUGUCCGGAGGUGCCAAUUCCGCGAGCAGAUCUUCUGGCAGGGGACGUUGCUCCUCGGUUGUUUGGAUUUGAGACAAAAUGCAUCUGUUUCGGAGUCACAUUUACCAAAUGUUCCCGGACCGCUCCUCAGUGGAAACACCGAGCAUACGAGGCAUCAGCUGGACUCCGCUGCCAGAGGCCCUGAAUUCAAAGGACACUAUGAAGCAGUUUCUUUCAGAUCGUGUGGUGAAGGCAGCGAGAUCGGUGUACAGUGUCAUGAUCGAGGGGAACCCAGGUCUGAUCAGAGACAGAAAGCAUCACCUCAAAACAUACAGACACUGUUGUUCUGGUAAGGAACUUGUUGAUUGGCUGAUGAAACAAAAUGAAUGCCUGCAAUCAAGAAGUCAAGCAGUUGGAAUGUGGCAAGUCCUGGUGGAUGAAGGAAUCCUCGUUCAUGUGAAACACGAGUUGAACUUCCAUGACAAGGACACCCAGUUCUACCGCUUCCUAGACUCUGAGUUUGGUCUGAGCCACAUCACAAAUGAGAAGGACUCAGAGGACGAGCUGCAAGAGAGUCUGUCGCUGUUGUCUCAGCUGGGUCCAGAUGCUCUGCUCACUAUGAUUCUACGCAAAUGCCCGAGUCAGAGGAGUGCUGAGGACCUGGAGGUCAUCUAUGAGGAGCUGCUCCAUGUCAAGGCUGCAGCUCAUCUCUCCACCUCUGUGCGUAAGGAGCUGGCAGCGGUGCUGGUCUUUGAAUCACAUCCCAAGGCCGAAACAGUCUUGUUCAGUCAGGGGGACAAGGGCACUUCUUGGUACAUCAUCUGGAAAGGCUCUGUGAACGUGAUCACACAUGGGAAGGGCCUGGUAACUACGCUACAUGAGGGUGAGGAUUUUGGGCAGCUAGCUCUGCUGAAUGAUGCCCCUCGUGCUGCCACCAUCAUCUUGAGAGAAGACAACUGCCAUUUCCUCCGUGUUGAUAAACAGGACUUUAUACGCAUCCUCAAGGAUGUGGAAGCUAACACAGUGCGACUUGAAGAGCAUGGGAAAACUGUCCUGGUGUUGGAGAAGAGAACCGACUGGGCCGAGCAGGGAGGGGCAGGGAACUGCAAGUACUCCGUUAUGUCGGGAACACCUGAGAAAAUCCUGGAACACUUAUUGGAAACAGUAAAGCUGGACUCCAAUGGAAACGACGCAAUUGAUCCCUGCGUGACCGACUUUCUGCUCACUCACAAAGUCUUCAUGCCCACCAGCCAGCUGUGCACCGCACUACAGCAUCACUAUCAGGCGAAGCUCUCCGAGGGUUCAGAUCAGGAGAAGGCUUCCUACAUUCUUACCACCAAGCAGAAGGUAGUGAAGAUGAUUGGCCAGUGGGUGGCGCUGUAUAGCCUUCUGCUGAAAGAAGACCCCAUUGCUUUGGACUCUCUGGAGCGGUUGAAGAAGGAGGUGGCAGGAGAUUUCCGUCUGCUGAGCAUGCUGAAAGAACAAUUUAGGGAAAGGAGGAGAACAAAAGUAUUAGAGAAUGGAUAUCAGUCACUGAGCAGGAAUCAGCAAUUUGAUUGGUUUUCAAACUGCGAGGAGCCAGUUGGGAGGUUACAACCAAUCAGAGCUCAAGAUAAAGUGCUGUAUGAGAUCUACAGGCCAGACAACAAGCCGAUCACUCUGAUGCUCGCAGUGAACACAUCUGUAAAGGAUGUGUUGUCAGCUAUAGUCAAAUCUGGUGGAGAUCACAUCCUGGUCAAAAUGAACUCCACGGGAGAAAGAGCUCAGUUAAAGCUGGAUGCGACUGCAGUCUACACGGCUCUGGGACUCAACGAGAGACUGUUUAUCUGCACAAGCAGCCAAGUGGACCAACUGAUGCCCCUGAAGGAGCAGCAAGGUCCAGAGCGAGGAACAACUGACAUCCUCGAACAGAUGGGCUCGAAAGAUAUCGCCAAUGAACUCACCAACUAUGAUUGGGAACUAUUCACUGCCAUGCACGAGGUGGAGCUUGUCUACUACAUAUUUGGCUGUCAUAAAUUCCCUGGUGCCAUCACGGCUAACCUGGAGCGGUUUGUGCGUCGCUUCAACGAGGUGCAGUACUGGGUGGUGACCGAGCUGUGCCUCUGUGAAGAUCUGGUGAAACGAGCCGUUCUGCUCAAGAAGUUCAUAAAGAUUGCCGCAGUAUUAAAGGAGCAGAAGAAUCUCAAUUCAUUCUUCGCUGUGAUGUUCGGUCUGAGCAACAGUGCAGUACACAAGCUUUACAAGACCUGGGAGAGAAUACCCAGCAAGACAAAAAGAAUUUACUGUGCUUAUGAGAGGUUGAUGGAUCCCUCACGCAACCACAGGGCCUACAGGCUGGCUGUGGCCAAACUCAGUCCUCCUUACAUCCCCUUCAUGCCUCUGCUGCUCAAAGACAUGACAUUCAUCAAUGACGGAAAUCCAAACUAUGUAGACAAAUUGGUCAAUUUUGAGAAAGUGCGCAUGAUUGCCAAGACAGUGAAAAUUGUACGAGGAUGCAGAAGCCAGCCUUAUGUGCCAUCGUCUCCACAGAGGGGCCUGGCCGAUCGGAUGUUUCUGGAAGGGCCUGGUACUCGCAUAUCUACAUACUCCGACCUCGGCCUCCCUCUGCGGAGUCCCAGCAACAUCCGACACUACAUUCAGAACCUGAAUGUGAUUGACAACCAGCGCAAGCUAACACAGCUAUCAAGAACAAUAGAAUGUUAGGGAACCAACCCGCAAGACUGUGAAACUGUAGCGCAAAUGUGAACCGGAGAACGGACUAAAGCCGGAUGAAGUAAACAUCCACACGUGCCUCAAUAAGAUGGACGUCUGCAGGUGUUCAGUGCAGUGAAUCCCUUUAAUUCAAGUAGCUUGGACUUUGAUGGAGGAGCUUUCUGCACGGCAUCAAGAGUGAAAAGAGUUAUAAGCUCUAAUGAUGAACCAGAGAAUCCAAUCCUGUGUCCAAAGGGACUCUGUUUUCAUCCAUAAAGCUGUACAGCAGAGCGUGUGUUACAGUGGAAACGGAUCCCCCCCACAAAGGCAGCGUUACAACAUGUACAGUUUAGCAAAGUAUGCCUGUCUUUGAUGUAAACAAAUCAUUUAUUUGACAUUUUGUAUAGACCUUUUCAAACUUGACAUGAACAUUCUAGCCCCUUUGUAUUUCCUGUUGAAAUGUUUGCUCACAGGAAGUGAACUUGGACCAAAGCUGUUGCCCUAACACACUGCUGUCUGUGGAAGGAUCCCUUGUGUGGAUCUACAAAAGGGCCAUAAGAACACACACAACAGAUCUUUGCCAAAGUUGUAUCACUUUAGGUCACUUUUUUGUGCACUAGUAUUUUCACAUUAAAACUAAUAUAUUGUAUCGGAUCAUUCUUUUUUGGGCCAAUGAUUCAAUUGAGUUUAUUUUGUAUAGCCCAAUAUCACAAAUUACAAAUUUGCCUCAAGAGGGCUUUACAAUCUGUACACGUACGACAUCCCUGUCCCAGGACCUCAUGAUGCCACUAACUGACAUGCAUUUAAUUUCAUACAUAUCAUAUGUUGUUUUUAUAAAUACAUUUAUUUUCUCAUGUGUGUCAAUGAAAGCACAAGAGUUUAUAAAAAGGGAAAUGUUUUAUUAAAAGUACAAACCUUAACAGGUAAAAAUUGACCUCCAAA